GACCCGAGCGCUGGCAUGAGAACUACCCCAUGGCCAAGGGAGAGAAGCAGUCGCCCAUUGAGAUCAACAGCAAAGACGUGCGGCACGACACGUCUCUCUCCUCUUGGCAUGCCAGCUACGAUCCCGGGGCCGCGAAAACCAUCCUGAACAACGGGCGCACCUGCCGAGUCGUCUUCGACGACACUUUCGAUCGAUCAGUGCUGAGAGGUGGGCCGCUCACGGGAGCCUACAGGCUGCGUCAGCUUCACUUGCAUUGGGGUUCCUCUGAUGACCAUGGCUCUGAGCAUAUUAUAGAUGGGGUGAAAUACGCAGCAGAGUUACAUAUGGUGCACUGGAAUCCAAAACAUGGCAAUUUUGUUGGAGCUUUGAAACAACCUGAUGGUGUGGCUGUUGUGGGCAUUUUUCUGAAAGUUGGAAAAACUCCCAAACCAGAGAUGAAGAGAAUUCUUGAAGAAAUUGAUAACAUUAAGACCAAGGGGAAAGAGGCUCCUUUUCAUCACUUUGAUCCUUCAAUUCUUUUCCCCAAAUCUCGGGACUACUGGACCUACCAUGGUUCGUUCACUACGCCCCCCUGUGAGGAGUGCAUCACUUGGAUUCUCUUGAGGGAGCCGAUUGAAGUCAGCUCAGACCAGAUGGCGAAGCUCCGUAGCCUUUCCAAGAACAGUGAGAAUGAACCUGUGAACCCGCUGGUUGAUAACUGGCGCCCACCUCAGCCUGUGAAUGGCAGGAUAGUGAGAGCCUCGUUCAAGUGA